UAGACAUGGACCAUAAACGCUAAGUUUCUUUUACUUUUCAUCCACCUGUACAGUACUGCCUGGUUUAUUUAGUGGCUUUCAGUGUUUAUUUAAGAUGUAGUGAGAAACAACGCUAUAUUCAUCAAACGUCUUUAGUCUUAUUAGUGUUUAAAAUAUGAUGUGAACUGUCUGCCAGCGCCAGUGAAAGUAUUUGGAUUUAAAGAGAAUGCACAUCCAGUGGAGUAAUUUAUCCAGCAGGAAUAUGCCAUUCAGACCUCACACAAGGUUGAUGUUUAUAACCUCCCACAAUUCACAACAAAACUCUACCAGAAGUGUGUCGGCUCAUUCACAAUGUCAGCGCACACAAGCUGGGCACACUAACCGUUGGCAGCUGGCAGGUGCUUUAGGCAGUGACCUGCUGGGUCAGGCACAGGUUCGGAGGGCAGAGGAGUUUGGUGGUAAAUCAGCAGACAGAAAAAUUAAAUCAGCUGACCCCAUGGGACUCCACUGGCACGAGGAUGCCACUAGCUGCCCACAAUCCCCUUUGCCACGUCUCAUUCACCCGCUCUCGGCCAGCCGACGUACCAGAUUCUGCAAAGAUGUCACAUGGUCUUCAAAGCUUGACACUCCAGAGGAACAAUUUUUCAUUUUGUCUCGCAGAUUGACCCAAAACGCUAAACCAGAUGCAGUACUGGAAUGUCUGGGGGUCAGGUGGGAGCUGCAUUGCUCUGUCUUGAGCUAUUCAGACACAUUAUCUGAGUUGUAUACUAACAGCAAAAGACAGAGGGAUGUUCAGCUACAAGAGAGAGCUGCUAUUGGUAAAGACAGCAGAGUUAAUAGGACUCAGCGUGAAAGAGGACUGGUCUACAGAAAGUGGCAUCUCAGCGGCCCUUUGAUUCUCCGACUGCCUGUCAAAGAUGCCUCCAUCAAUAAAGAGGCUUUGUCUUUUUCCCUGCGGACCCUGUACGACCCAGAGGAACGCCCCAGUGAGUGGGGAGAGGCUGUGCUCUCUACUGCUGCAUUACUGGGAAUGUCAAACCUCUUCCAGAAGUGUCUUAAAGAGAUGUUGGCAAAUAUCUCAUCACUGACUGUGUGCAGCUUUCAUCGAGUGUCCUGCAAGUUUAAAGAGACUGUUCUCCAGAGAGCAUGUGAGCGCUGGUUGGAGCUGUUCCUAGUGACUGAACUCUCCUUCCAUAUAAAACUCAGAGAUUUGCCUUUUGACCUCCUGCUGCAGACCCUGCUUAGUCCAAGACUGUUCACAUCUAAUGAGUAUGAGGUCUUGAGAGCAGUGCUGUGCUGGCUGUACCUGCAGUUAAACCCCCCCAGACAGACCCUACCAGCCCACAGCACCAUCAUCACCUUCUUCUCCAAGGAAACGACAAUUUUCUUGGAACAGCCUCAGGGUCAAAAAUACAUCACUAUCUUUCAAGCCCUUCGUCUGCAUGGCAUUACUGAAUGGCAGCAUCUGCAGGAGCUGCAAAACAUCAGAGUUCUUCCUGAAUCCUGGCUGCUGCACAUCCUGUCCAAUCAUUACCACACUCUUUACAGCGGGGGCGACAUGGUAUUGACUGACUUCUCCAAACAAGCUAUCCGUUUUGGAAUGAUGUUUGAUAGGGAACAAGAGUGCUGCACUCAAACCAUCAGCAUCUAUGGCUUUUACUUUCUUCUGCAAGCUACUAAAAUGGGUGAAUCAGAUACAUACAGCUUUUCCAUUGAGAGGUUAAGACACUGGGAUCCUGCUGUGUGCCAAUCUUCCAUUGUGAGCCGCCCAUACAGCGUGCGAUCUGAUCGAUCAGUGUGCUAUCACAUCACAGUGCAAAGCUACGCCAGUGGCGAGUGGCAAGAGCACAGCAGUGGAACUGUCAAUCAAGAGUUUGGCUUAUGCAAACGCCGCUCUAGAAGCAAGCCGUUCCAGAUUGAAGGACUUUCUUCUCCCAUCCUGGUGACCUUUGCUCUGGCAUUCCCAUUUUGAGCUUGCAUCUUGCCCCCUUUUCAUAGUAAAUAUAUUAAUGGAUUAUACAGAAUGAUAAAAUGCUUUUGUGUUUUUCAUGUUCGUGUAUGGUGGACACUAUGUCUAAUAACAGCUAUAUUGUACUAUGAAUUCCCAUAGAGUCACUAAAUUAGACAUGAGCAAUGCACAUGCUUGAUAUUCGUGUUUAAUUAUUAAUGAUUUAUUUAAAAAAAAAAAAAAAAAGCACAGAAUUGCUUAUUAUAUCAUCAUAUCAGGGAUUUGAGUACAGGCACUUGCACCAAAAAAGAAAAAAGAAAAAUUCAGAACCACCUCUGAAAAUAAAUCAUUUAAACAGCUGCUGCGCUUAAGAAAAGUAAAAGGUUGUUUUUAACCCAGCAUUUUUUGAGUGCACAAUUUAAUGUGGGGAAUAAAAUGAUGAAGCAGCUCUUUAUUGUGCGUGCAGCAGUAAACGACUCUUUACAGCAGGUAAAGAAUAGACUGUUAAUAUAUAGCCAUAAUAGUAAGUAACAAAAUAUUUUUAAUGAAAUGAAUGAACUAUAUUUUAGUUUGUUUGUUUAUUUAUUUUUUAUUUAACAUUUUGCAUUUUUGGGGAAUUUUAUGGUACUAAAUUAUGUUUAAGGAAUAGUUAUGAUCCAUUUAUUACCUGUUAACUAUAGUUAAUAUACUUUUUGAGCAUUGACCUGAAAAAAAAAAUCCAACUUAAACUGUUUACUUAAAAGCAUAUUUGCUCCCCAUUUAUUUCCAAUGUGGUCUUUUUUAACCGUGAACAGCACAAGCGUGACUUUUUUUUUUUCCAGAACCAUUUAACCUUUUUGAAGAAUAUCUAUGAUUGAUUGAUUGAUUGAUUGACUGAUUGGUUAUCUAUCUAUCUAUGUAGAUAAAUAAAGACAGUUAAGGGUUAGAAACACUUCUGGGUUUUUUAUUCAUUUCCAGCUUAAGCAACAAAAAUAACAGCAUCCAAAAUCCUCUGUAGCUUUAAUUAUUUAAAAAAAGAAGAAGAAGAAGUGGCCUCAUUGCUGUACAAAAAAAUGCAGUGCAGUCAAUAAACAAUGCAAAAGUAGCAAUGUAGACCUAAAAAUAUCUGAGAGUAAAGAUACAAAGAGCAAAGAUUCAAAAAGGUUAAGAAAGAAAGAAAGAAAAGAAAGAAAAAUUCAUGCUAAUGCAUUUUUUACUAUUAUUUAUCAUGCAGGGUUUUUUCCCUCAAGUUACUAUUUUAUUUUUAUGCAUAUAUUUGAAGUUCUUAUUUUAUAUUAGAUUUUAUUUUAUUU